AUUCCGGUGACGGUGUAGGACUAUGGGAUGUCAGACGACCCAUACAUUACGUUUCUUACUUGUUUUUCUACAUAAUACCAGGAAGGUUUAUUGAUGCUAUGCCAACUAUAUUCCUGGCUACAUUGUACGAGUACUCUCCUUUGGUUUAUGUCUUUGUGGUGGUUGUGUGCUUCUUAGUCACUACUGGUCUAGUGUCAGGAUGGUUUGGUAGAGAAGUUCCUGUUAUACUGAGGAACACAGAAGAAACAGUUUCUAUAAAUUAUGUUGCCAAGAAACAGAUGAAACAAGUGAAGAAUCCUUUUGGAUUAGACAUUUUUAAUCCAGAUGCAGCUUCAGUAUCCACUGGGGUUACGCUGAUGCCGAACUGUCUUGAGAACUGUGUGCUAACCUGUUACUGGGGGUGCAGCGUGCAGAAGCUGCAGGAAGCGUUACAGAAGCACGUCUACUGUUUUCCUAUCAAGAGCCCUGGAGCUUUAGAAGAUGCUUUGUAUGAUGAAUAUCUUCAUAAGGAGCAAUAUGUUGCUCAGAAACAGAGCAGAGAGGGAAUCUACAUUCAGUUGCCAGAAGACAACAAGAUUGAAAAUUUUGGUCCAGUGCCCCGAACUCGCUAUCCACUUGUUGCCCUGUUAACAUUAUCUGAUGAAGAAGACAGGGAGUUGUACGACAUCGUGUCCAUGAUCACUGUGGUUCACAUUCCUGAUAACAGUUACCGGCUUCCCUGCAGAAUAAUGUACCAGUAUCUAAUGACCGCGCAAAGGCAGUUUUAUGACCUGAAGCAACUCUUCAUGUCUGCAAAUCACAGCCUAUCGGGAUCCACAAAUGAAUCUUCUACCCAAGAUGGAACUAUUGACAAAAAGUUGCUGGAGAGAUUGGGAUAUUCAGAAGAGGAAUUACAGGAGGACUCUGGUAAAGACUGUGUUGUAUGCCAGAAUGACACAGUGAACUGGGUGAUUCUGCCUUGUCGACAUGUUUGUUUGUGCAAUGGUUGUUUAAAGUAUUUUCAGCACUGCCCAAUAUGCAGACAGUUUAUACAGGAAUCUUUCCAGUUGCGUAGCAACCAUCAGACUACCGGCCAGGAAAAUAUGCUUGAUUCAGUGGAGUCAUGAUCUCGCUCAUGGUUUUAGUAAAGGCUACCAUGGAACAUC